UUUUUAACGAAACUAUUGUCAACAACAGGCAUCAUUCGGUGAUGCCCAAAAGGAUCGUCUGCAGAAAAGUGAAGCAUACCGGUUUCUGCUAAAUCGUGUAAGAAAACAGAGCAACACGGAACAGGUGGCAGUUUUCCCGGCGAUAAGACACCGGUCCAGCGAGUCUCCCAUCUCGAGCAGCGGUGCAGGUUGGUGGCGUGAGGCAAGCUUACUCGGCACAAAAAAGUGGUGGCGGCCGCGAUGCAAACCACGAUGGACGGCGAGGGAUGCGAUGAGACGCUAACGACGUACGGGAUGAGUUCGUCUACCGCGAUCGGCUCAAGCCGGCUGAGCUUCGAAAACAGUGCCUCGUUUGAGCUAAGCCGUAAGAAACGCCGCAUAUCCGGCCCGGGAUGUGAUAGGACCACCGAUACGAUGUACGAAGCGAACGUUAGUGGCGAUUCGUUUUCGACAACUGCGACCGGCUACACCACCACCACGCAGGUGGCCCAAAGCCCGUGGGAGUCGCGUCGUAUAAAGGCCGAUCUGAUCGAGGCACGCUCAAGGAUAACGUUCCUGAAGAAGGAAAUUGAACACCUCAACACGGAAAUGGCAACGACGCAGCUGCGCAACCAGCACAAAAUAUCCUCGCUCGAGAAGGAGCUGGGCUUCAGCGGGCAGAAGGUGACCGAUCUCGAGAAGCACCUGCAGCUCGUCCGCAAGCGCGAACACGUGGCCAAGCAGGACCUGAACAAAGUGCGCACCCAGCUCCAGCAGCUCAAAACCGAAGCCGACGGGCGGCAGUUCGAGCUGCGGCAGGCGCUGCAGCGGCUGGAGCAGAAGUACGAUUCGGACACCGGCGAGCUGAACACGGAAAUACGCGACCUCACCACCCAGGUGAACGACCUCGAGCAGCAGCUGACGCUCGCGCAGGACGAGCUGGACACGACGCGCGAAAUCAACGACACGCUCCAGAGCAAGGCGGACGCGUACGAUCAGACGAAGCGCGAGCUGGAAGCGACGCAGGACCGGCUGGCGGAGGCGGAAUCGCGCGUGAAAACGCUCGAGUACGAGGUGGGCAGCUACGAGGACUGGAAAAGCCUGUCGAAGGUGUCGGCCGACCGGCUGGCGAAUACCACCGAGAUCGAGAAGGAGAACGUGCGGCUGAAGGACCAGCUAAAGAACCUGCAGAGCCUGAUCGGCGACAAGCUGCUGCUCGAGGAGCAGGUGGCCAGCUCGCAGGCGCGGCUGAAGGAUCUGGAGCAGAAGGAUGCGCUGUCGGCGGCGCUGGAGGUGCGCGUGAAGGAGCUCGAGCGGGAGCUGGUCGAGUGGCGCCAGCUCGGCAAGGACUACACGCCCAAGGAGAGCCUCGUUAGCGCGAAAACGAUGCGCAACCGCAUCGAGCAGAUCCUGCAGAAGGAUCUGGUGCUGGCGAACGAGCAGUCGUCGGUGCAGACGGAGAAGCACCAGAUACAGGGGCGCAUCGAGGAGCUGCAGUCGGAGAAUGCGCUGCUGAACGGGCGGCUCGCCGACUACAAGCGGGCCCAGGAAGGUUUGCAGAGCAUCGUGCAUCGGGCGCAGAAGAAGCUGAACCUGGUGACGGGCGAGCGGGACUAUCUGAAGCAGCUGCUGGAAAGCUACGAGAAUGAUCUUACGAUUAGCCAUUCCGUCGUGGGCAGUGAGGCGGACAAGAAGCAGCUAAGGGCACGGAUCGAAAUGCUGGAAAAGACGCUGACCGGGUACAAGGAUCUGUGCCAGAAGCAGGAGGCCGAUCUGCAAGCGAACAAAGUGUUGCCCGAUAUCAGCUUCGUACUAACGUCCGAGCAGUACGAGAAGCUACGCAAAGAGAUCGACGAGCUGCGGCUGGAGAAUGAGCGUCUGAAGCGGCGCAAGGACGAGCUGGAGGUGGAGGUAGAAAACCGAACGCUAAGGGCACAGAUAAACCGCCCGUGCCCGACCCAAACGACGAAGCUGGUGCGCUACAUCAACAGCCCGGCGACGGAAGAUAUCGUGGCGGAGCACAACACGAAGCUGAAGCUGAUGGCCGAAAUCGAGCGGCUGAAGCUGCACAUACAGCGGCUGCAGGAAACGAACCAAGAUCUGACCGAGUGUCUGCACAACACGGACGAGACGGGCAACAUGACGAUGAAGAUAAAGGAGUCGGUCGACCUGCGGAUGCAGCUGAAGGAGCUGCAGGCCAAGUACGACCAGCGGAAGGAGCUGUACCAGCAGUCGUCGGAAGACUUCCGCACCGUGGUGAAUCUGCUGUUCGGCUUCAAGAUUGACCGCAUCAGCGGUAGCUACUUUCAGCUGCGCAGCCAGUACGCGGAAAGCCCGGACGAGUACCUGAACUUUGCGCUCGCACCGGACGGCAGUGUGCUGACGCUGCUCGAAUCGGACUAUGCCGCGUCGCUGCGCGAUCUGGUCGAGACGCAGUUCAAAACGCACAACUCGGUGCCCGUCUUUCUCAGUUCGCUCACGCUCGAGCUGUUCAAUCGGACCACCAUGACGGUGCAGUACUGUAACGCCGAGUGAAUGUGGGGAGUGAGAGGCUGGUCCAGCCAAAGUGCUAUCAGAGAUCAUUCAUAAGACACCCAUCCGAAACGUCAAGCAAAACAGAAAAAAUAGUCAGCAGACCCCCGUUAACGAGCCCGUUUCCUGGCUCCAAACAAGGACACACAGUUCAGUGCACCCUUCUUCCACGCAUCUAUCUAGAAUGGUCUGGAAAGUCGCAUUGCUGCUGCUUGCCGUUUCACUUAAAUUUCUUAAACGUCAAAAUAAGGCGCCCCCGCCCCUCCCAAAAGUCAUAUUAAUUUUACUGGAUUAAAGUAGGCACUGUGUAGAAGGCUAUGCAAUACCGCAUAGAGAGAGAGAGAAAGCCGGGUAAGAAGCACCUCGUUACUGUCCAGUCAUUUAAUUAGGAGAAAAUGUGUAGUGAAGGUGGCUUUUGUUGAACUGUGUUGAAGCCGUUUCUUCUUAUUUUAAACUAGAAAGUGUGGAACAUUGGGUGGUGUGCAGUGCAGCAUUUUGUUUUGUUGUGUACAUUGCAAAUUGAAUCAAGCAAAAAUCAGCAAUGCUAGAAACUAGAAGGCAAGAAGGGUAUAACGAGGUUUCCCCACGAUGAUACCAAGAUUGUAAAGAUUUAAUAAUUAAAAAAGUAAGGUAAAUGGUAUAAACCAAUCCAAUAAAACAAAUCACAGGAAGGUGUAGGCAACUCGGCUACCAAAAUAAUAAUGCAAAACAGUAAAAACUGUGUCUUCUACCGGUCCGUAAUUUCGGAUGACUGCCGAGUAAAGUGAGAAAAGGAGUGGGUGCCUGCGCGCAGUGUUUUGUAGUACAUCACAUGUUUCAGCUUUUAUUUUGGGUAUCGGAUUUUCGAUCAUGUCCACAAUCAACAACUCAAUUACCGCUUCCCAGUGUGGGUGGGAACGCAACCGGAAGAGAGCCACCGUUUUACAAAAACGACAACCCCGGUGCACACCGGAGAGUUCAUUCUGUCAGGCGACGAAGAAGUGAACUAGAGGGGCCAUCCAGCUUUGCAAGACGAGUAGAGUUGGUAAGUAGCACUGUUACUUACUCAUUUUGUUCCAUUUUAAUCCCUUUUCUAUUUGAGCUUCACACAUAACUGAUUUGCCUGAUUCCGCUUUACUCAAGUUUUAUGAUGGAGUAAUGAUUAAACUAAGUUGUUUAUUUCCCAACCAAACCAUUUUCACAUAAUUAGUAUUCAUUGAAAGCCCUUUACCAGCUGUUGCUAGUUCAAUUAAGAUAAAGCAGGAAAACUUAACCUAACCUAUACCUGUACGCUCUCUAAGCAAAUGAUUAGUUGACUUAGAAUGUGAUCUGUGUUCUGCACCGUCUACCAUCCUUGCGUGUCCUUCCAGCACAAUUUUACAAUUCUUUUAACAUACCCAAUCCAAUCUUGUACUCACUGCUCCGAUGCCUACUGCUCUUCCUACACCACCUGUUUGGUUUGUUUUAGUGAUGACUAUUGACUUAUCCCUUUCCUAUCCCUUACUAAGGUGCGUUUAAUGUGUUUGUGGUUAGUUGGUUUUACAAUCUUUUGCUUGUCGUUUUUUUUUUGUUUUUUUUUUGGUAUAUCGUUUCGUUUUUAAAAAUGGGCGGCGGUGCAUUCGAAGAAGUGUGCUCUGUCUUGCAUACAGUACAGUCCGGCUAAUCGGGAUAUUCAAAGAUUGAGAGAGAGAGAGAGAGAUACAGUGUGUGAUAAAAGUUUAUGGCCAGUGUUUUGUGCACCAUUUUGUUUUUUCGUUAUUAGCACUACCAUUUCUACGGAAGGAAUUGUUUUGAAAUUGUUUGUAAACGAGGGCAAACCCGUCCAUUUGUUCGUGCACAGAAAAAUAUUUGUUUUUAAAAGGAAGCUCUACUAAGUAUCCUCUUACACUGCACUGGGAAUACACAUUCGAAGGGAAGAAGUUGUGCCUGCAUCCCGUCCAGUCGUGUGUGUGUUUAUGUGGAUUACACAAAGGGAAGAUGUACGGAAAAUUGUUGCCCGAGCGAUCUCGUGUAAAUAUAUGUUGACAGGGAUAGAUUUUCCGUUAAAUAGCAAUAUAUUGUAUAUAUGCGUGUUUGUAUAUACCCUACAGUAAUAUAUAGCUUUCUUGUGCUGACUUUUUUUUUAUCUUGCUUUCACUCUCUCUCUCUCUCUCUCUCUCUCUCUCUCUCUCUCUCUCACACACACACACACAUACAAAUACGCAGACACGUCCUAUCGUCUACUUUCACAAGUGAACAAUUGUUUGAUUAUACGGUUUCUUUUCCUUCCCUAGGUCAGAUCUUUUUCUUUCACAUUCGUUUGUGUUGCUGUGUUUUGCUUUUGCAAAUGUAAAUGUAAAAUAUAUAGCACUGCGUGCAACUAAUAUAUUCUAACCUUUUUAAGUAAGCUACUGAAUCGCUUAAACUCUUGUUCCUUUGAUAGUCAAAGAAGGUGUGUAAAGACAGCACACAGCAUACAAUGCACGACUCCAAAUAUCUGAUUUUGGAAGAGCAUUAUAAUUGUAAAUACAUCUGUCUUUAAUGUUCGGAAGGCAGAAAAAAAAACAGCUCAGCUAAUUUUGUGCGUAAAAAAGAUUGCAGAAUCGCAGAAUAAUACGAAGCAUUUGGGUUUUUUUGUUUUCAAUUUCUCCUAGCGUUGUGCAGUUAACGAUUGUAAAGUAUGUAAUAAUUACGAGAACAGUUUCUUAACAAGCACCCAAAACCUCUUUAGCAGGUGAUAACAACAAUAUACGCUUGUAGUAUGUGUAUGUGUAUACGUGUGUGUUUUAGUGUUGAGUGUAAAAAAAAUAGUUCACACCCCCCUCCCCACUUUUGUUUUUGUCUCACUAUAUAUAAAAUCGAAAAUCGCCACAAUGACGUGAGAGUAAACAUUCAGCGAGAGAGAGAAAGCGGUAAGAGCAGAGCUCUCCUAGCAACGCGCGUUGCUGCGAAAGGACUUGCUCCAUGCCACACUGCCACUCCUCGGGUAAUGAAGGCAAUGGUUACUUAGAUAUUUUGUUUACACAAAGCGAUUUGAAAACACAUGGUAUUGGAUAUAAUGUUUUUUUUUUAAUAAUUAAAGUUGCAAAUUAGCUACCUGAUGAUAAAGUGUCCCCUCUCAUACCCCUUCCCAUUAUAAAUCAAGAUAUUCAAGGCAAUAUUUAAAAAAACAUGCUUGAAUACUAUGCAAAAUAGCUUAAUUGUGAAAUGGUUGAUAUUCCAAUUCAUUGAAUCAUUAAUAAAGCCAACCAUACUCAUUAUUGGUGCUUAAGCACUUCGAAUACUACAAACACCGUCGUCAUCGGCAGAUAAGUGUGGUACAUAAUAUCCUGUAAAAUGGGUUGCUAUACCCAGGACGUCGAACAUGUACACUCCCUUAAAUCUUCUUCUAUUUGUCGUAACGUCCUACGCGGACAUGCCAGCCUAUACAGGCUUUCGAGACUUAAUUCAUUACCACGAAGCCGGAUAUUCAAUCCUUGCUACGGGCGGACGGUCCAUUCUGGGUUUGAACCCAUGACGGGCAUGUUAUUGAGUCGUUCGAGUUGAUGACCACGUACCAAGGGACCGCCCCAAAUCUACUACUCCCUCAAAUCUACUACUCCGCAAUAUUGGCAGAGUCGGGACAAGGACAACGCAUGACAAUAAGAGGCAGCUGUAGCCGAGAGACCCUAAGCGGCCAUAUGCUAAGAAGCCUUGCUGAAAUUCCGAGCAAGAAAGCGGCGGAUGUUGAUGGCUUGAAAGUUAAAAUUGGAUAUGUAACGAUUUGCUCGCGGGCGGGAAGAACUACUUAUUUCAGGAAGUCCUUCCGGAACAAAGCACAAAAGGGAGAGAUGGUUCAUUGUGCAACAUGACUGCAACAUACUGGGCGUAAGGUGAGACAACCGUGCGCACUGCAUUCAGUCGGAUCAGCAUCAACUGCAGAAUGAUCCACAAUGAAACUAUGCUUACUGUAACGUGCCCAAGAAGGCUGAAAAGAUUCUGACUGUAUCUAUCAAGAGUGAUGGCGAUAUCUACCAUGUGAUGCUAUCACCGUACUAUGGUGUUGAUUAAGAACAGCCACGUUAUAAUUAAGGACACGUCAAAUUAGAAGCAAAAUCUGAAAAAUGUGGGGCGGCAAGAGUAAAUAAAGUAGUUUGCAAGUAAACGUGAAUUUAGUUAAUUGGUCUGGAAAGGCUAUAACAGUGUUGAACCAUUCUUUUCUAUAACAGUAUAGAUCGGAAUAUUAGAACUACACCUUUGGAAUGGUUAUAUGAGGGUUAUAUGUUAUAUAUGUUCACGGUUGAAAUUUGAUAUUUGGCGCAACAAUAACAUUUGUUUCAUACACAAAUACCAUUUCCAUUCAAUACCUCAAAACCAGUUUCAGGAUAAUAAAAUAAAAUUUUGACGGUGUUUUUGAAAAUCAACUUUUUGAAAAUUUACAUUGAAAAUGUUCUAAGCAUCUAUUAUUUAUUAUUUAACGUAUGAAACAUAAGUCGAAAAAAAGAGUAGAAAUGGAAUUCGAACCAUGUGCGAUAUCAUAUUUUUAUAGUUCAAUCUUACAUUUAUGGGCACAAAAAACACAAAAUGGAUUGAAGCAGAAGUGAGCAUUUCAAAAAUUGUAUGUUUUUAAGUACACAAUUGGGAUUGGAUCUAAACAUGUUGUAUAUGUAUUAGCGGCACCCUAUUUUUUAAUCCACUGCACAUCAAUACGUUAUUCAAUGCACACGUAGUUGAGGUUACUACUUAGCUAUAUAUUCCAAAAAAUCACGCCGAUAACUAAAAAAUAAUAAUACAAAAAUUAUACAUUUGUGUCAACAGAGGCAUGGAAUGUAUCAGUUCGAAAAUUACAAAAUUGCGUGACUUGGCUCAAAAGUAGCCUCAUCGAUAUUUAACGGUUCUGCAAAGUACAGUAAGAACUGUCCAGGAAGUUACAAGGUUAACGCAUUUGUGGUGUAACGCAUAAGAACAGAUAGGUGUUUGAGUUAUGGUUCUUGCCACUGAACGUGUAGAGUUUAAAAAUAAUUCUAAAUUUGAGGACAUCCGGUAGAUUUUACCGGGCCAUAACUAGUCACAGUAUAAAGCAAUCAAAUAUCAACAGACAGUUUCAUAAACCAUUUUUGCGAACAAUGGUAGAACAGCGAGAGUGUGUUAAUGUGUAAUUAUUAAGAUGCUCAUAAAAUCACUCAAUAGUACUGCAAUGCUUACAGAUGAAGUAGCAAGAGAUUCGGUAAAUCGGGAUCUAAUGAGCAAAUUUUAAUAUAUUUUUUUUCAGUUCACGUGCUUUUAACUUUUCUUCCCAUAGUGUUGGUACAUAUUGGAAUAUUGUAGUUUGGUUCAAUUUUACACUCUGUGUUUGCUCUAUAUAAGACACAUAAAAGUAAUUGCCUCACUGUAAUUCGCGACAAAGCGAUAUAAUUAGAUGUAUUUUUUUCGCCUUUUUGCUGUAUUUCAGGUAAAAAUGAAGUAAAAUCAACUAACAGGAGCUCCCUUUGAGCGUACUUUUCACACUGUAAUAUGGCAUUGUGGUUGCAUUGUUCUGUGUGUAUCAAUUUUGCUGAAAGCAAACAGGGCAGUUUUAUAUCUAGAAUUAAGAGAAAGACAUGAAAAGAAAGACAGCAGAUCAGGAAAGUGUGUUUGUAGAAGUAGGUAGAAAGAGGCAGUAGAAGAAAGUAAAAGUAAGAUGAAAAGUAACCAAUAAGCUAUUGUUACUCAAAACCAGAGGUAUAAACCAUGUCACUCAAGCACAGAGCAAAAACGGAGAGAAAAGAUGCAAAAGAAACGGAAUCAAAUCCAGAAACAAACAAAACAAAGAAAAACAAAACAAGUGCAAAUAGAUAAAUGCCAAGCGCCGGCUAAUAGUACUAACAGGAAAGACAGUUGUUACAAUGUGUUUCCUUAGUUGGUCUGAACUGAUCUGAAGCAAUUGAUAUGCUAUUUGCUGUUUCGAUUCCAACUCAAGUUUGCUGCUAUUCUGCUUUGCUAGUCACACUUACAAGUAGUUUGUGCCCACAGUUUUGUAACAGUUACCAAUAUUAAUGUGUAUCAGCGUGUGUGUGUAUGUUUUUGUUUCCGUUUAUACAUCAUGUUUUAACUAUUUUCCAUGUAACGGCGCGUUCUUCACUAAAGAAGUUAGUAGUUUUGUAAUUUGAUUUUUGAUUUCAUAAUUUCUUGACUAGUCUGUGGAGUUUUUUGUUGUUUUUCUUGGGUUUUCUAUUUUAUUUAGAUAUACAAGUAUAUGUUGGAUUUGCAGCAUGUUGCUGUUUUUUUUUUUGCAGGUGUUAUUAGUUAUUGGUAGCAGUGGUAGUAGUAUAGUGGAGUUAGAUAUCCAGUUCGCUUCUGGGUUAUAGACGUGUUAUGGUUUGGUUAAUCUGAAGGUGUAUAUUUGUUUGCUUGCUCUCUUCUCUCCAUUGCUUUACGCUUAACUCUUUCCACUCGUUGCUGUGUUAAAUGUUUGGUUUUGCUUUACAAUCUAUCUAACAAGGUGUUGGUGUGGUUAAUUAUGAAAUUGUUCUACGUUUUGAUCUCGGCAGACAUUCGGGGGGGUUCGAUUUAAUAUCUAUUUAACAUCGGUAUUUGCUUAAAUCGCUUUCGUUCGGUUGUGUGUUUUUUAAAUUUGUUGUAUUUCGUUUUUGGUGGGUACAGUGGUAUCAGUGUGCUCGGUUUGCGGCACUGAAAGAGAUGUUUCCAUUACUUCUAGUUUAGACGUUACUUUAACAACUAUAUCGGAGUGCGCACGUGCGUCUAGUAUAACCUAGCUUUCUGUUUUUUUCUUCUAGUAGCUGUAUUGUAGCUAUGUAUUUAUGUGCUUUGUUUAUGUUUCUAAAGGAUCCGGUGUGACGUACAGUUCGAAGGAAGAGUGCACAAAUUCAAUUCGGAUACAGACUUUUGGGGUUUUCCAUUUUAUAACACAUUCCAUUAACUAACUGUUGUGGUCACGAAGUGGAAGGCUCCCUUUAUUCGGCGUUAAGAACGUAUGCAGCCACUGAGUGACUGAUGAGCGGUUAGCAGACGAGAGAGCGCCAGACGCUCGUGGGACACCGUCGGGAACACAAGGGCUGAUCGUGUAAUAAAGUAUUGUGUAUUGUUUAUUA